CAAAAAACGUUCAUAUAACAACAAUGGUUCUGUCUGUUUCUAUAACAUAACUUGUGAAACGGAUGAAUCAAAUCCACCUUGCACAAUUGAAUGGUCAAGAGACAAUGAUAGUUUAAGAUAUGAUUAUAGUAAAAAUUGGACUUAUGGUGAACAUGGAAGUUACCGUUCUGUUUCCAACGUCAUGUACAACGUGACUAAAGACAGGACUGUGGGUACCAUUACAUGCUCAACCAGAUGCGAUCAUUUCCCAUCUAGUUUAACUAGAAACUAUACUGUUUAUUUUUCAGGUGUAACGACUAUUCACUUGGACACGACAUCACCUGUUCAUUUAAGUCCGAAUAGUACAGUGGCCGUCAACUGUCUCGUGGAUGAUUGCAAUGCUUCAGAACAAUGGACGCUUUGGUGGGAAGAUGAAAAUAGCACUGUAUUACAGAAUUGUAGCAAAACAGAGGAAUGUCUGUUAACACUGGAGUAUGCGGGAGAUGGAAACAACACAUACAAUUGCAACGCUCAAAAACAAAAGGAGAUGUUGAAUGCAUCAUUAACAAUCUUAAGCUCAAUGACAAACGGUAAUCAAUCCCAUGAAAAGGACAUUCAGACAGUUUCCUCAACAUUCCGAUUUCCUUUCGUCGAUGUACUUAUUGGAACAGGCGUUUUUGGUGGACUCUGCCUCCUGUUUCUAGUUGGAAGAUGUAUAUUUCUAAAACGGAGAAAGGCCAACGUAAUCAGCGCAAUAGAAAUUGUUGAAAAUCCCAGUGACACUUCGUCGGACGAUGGUGUGCUACACAUAACAACGGGAGGAGUCCAGUACGCAGUCGUGCACAGGCAGGCGGACGCACAGAGGAUUGAAACGCAGCAGCCGCACGAUGAAGCCGGCUUAACGUACGCCGACUUGGACAUCAAGUUCCUACAGGAAGCUAACGCCAGAGUUCCGGUAAGGAGAAAGAAUAAACCGACGGAGUAUGCUGACGUUGACUUCUCCUCAACACAGGAAACUGCGGCAGAAGAUCCUGUGUACCACUUUGUAUUGGGGUAGUUCUAGUGCAAAGACCAAAUAAUCAAACGAUAGCGAAAAUUUAUAUAUGAUCAUGUUUAAUGUUUGUACGUCUUCAAUGGUACUGUGUACUGAAAUAAAUGUGGUUUAAACCAAAUAUUCAAGACCAAUAGAAGGGAUAUUAAAAUGUAUCAUUUCCUUUGGACGGUGAUUGUUGAUUAAGCAAUUGAUUUUGUCGACACUGAGAGUUGACGUGCAUCAUAUGUACGAUAUUUUUCUGAGUGUUUUCAGAGAUCCGUCAAAAGCUUUUACUCUUGUAUAUAGAUAUUGAAGUCUUUUUGGCAGUGUAUGACUUUUUUAUCUUUGUAAUCUCAACAAACGAUGCUUUCACUACCCUGUAUGCCACUAUAGAUGUAAGUUAUGUACGUGAAGUUCGCGGUCUAGUGGCGCGAAGGAAGCGGCGUGGCUGCCAUCGGUCUAAUUUAUUUUGAUAUACAUCAAGAAAGUAAGAUUUGGGAAUUGAUCUUCAAUUACAAUUUGUUGAUAUUUUGCUCGCAUCAAUUCUUCUGUAUGGAUACGAAGUUUGGUUUUGUUAUGGCAAUUGCUUCGAAUGCUUUAAACAUACCUUUAUAUUUUGACCUAUUGUAAAGGGUUGAGAAUUUGCAACUGAUCGAUGACAACGUGUAUAAUGUUCAUCAAAUUGGUAAUGAAUUUCAACACUUUCAUUUCCCUAUUUUGAAAUAGAUAGGUUUUAAUAAUUCCCUCCCUAUUUUUAUAGAAACCCUAAUGUGUAUCAUUUCAGGAUUUUUUUUCAACUUCAUAUAAAAAUGUUAUUACAAAAAAUGCUCUUUUUGUUAAAAAAGUUAUGCUAGAAUUUGUCUAGUUUUAUAAAACAGCUGACUAUAUGUGUCAUAGAGCUAACAUAAGUCUAUGUUUGUUUGUGAUGCUUUAUCGGUAAUGUCAUUAUCAUGGUAAACAUUUUUUCUUCAAUUUCAUUACAGUUGUGUUUCGGGCUACCUCUAUUGUUUUACUGUUUAAAGAGACUCACUCAUGUAAAAUGCACUUCUUUUUAUGACGAAAUAAAGUGUGGCAAAUCAUUAGCAGUGUUUUAUCUAAGAUACUGACGACUGGAACCCUUCAACAAACGUUGAUAUAUGAUUUAUUUAGUUAUAAUUUUAAAUGUUAAUUUUCUGUCUGACUUGUAAUGCAUGUAGUCAUGUUUGUUCAAAUGUACAGUAAGUUUUGAAAAGAGUAUAAUAAAACUUUGCUUUACUUUAGAUUAAAUAAUAUUAUAAGAAUGCAUCAUAAGAUACCGUAAGAAUUCUGCAUUCCAGUGUGUGGUUUCAUUUAUUAAAACUGUUUAUUUAUACCCCGCCAUUCUUUGUAUUGUUUUAU